UCUGAAUAUAUAAAAUUCAUCGAUCUGCAAAUUCUGCAUCUAAACACUGAUUCUGCCUAGCUAUCAUUUUUUAUUAUUCUUAUGAAACGAAAUUAAUUGACGUUAUUAAUUUUACGAUUAUAUGUUACAGUUUCAGAUCAUAAUCGUACAAUUUGUUUCUAGUGUUAAUUGCGUGCUAUACUAGUUUCAAAUUUAAAGAUGCCUGUUGAAGCCCCAGAAGCUGAAAAUAUUAAAGUCGUUUUAAGAUGUCGUCCUAUGAAUGAAAGUGAAAAAUCUGCAAAUUAUAGAAAUAUUGUUGAAGUAAAUCAAGUAGAAGGAUCUGUUACAUUAUCCAAUCCAAAUGGUUCAGAAUAUGAUCCACCCAAAACUUUUACUUUUGACACAGUAUUUGGCACAGACUCUACACAAUUAGAUGUGUAUAAUCUGGCUGCUCGUCCAAUCAUUGAUAAUGUUUUGGAGGGAUACAAUGGAACAAUAUUUGCAUAUGGUCAGACUGGUACUGGUAAAACAUUCACGAUGGAAGGUAAUCGUGAUAUUCCUGAGCAGAAAGGUAUCAUUCCAAACUCUUUUGCCCAUAUUUUUGGGCAUAUUGCUAAAGCAGAAGGUGACAAAAGAUUCCUGGUGAGAGCAACUUACCUUGAAAUAUAUAAUGAGGAAGUACGAGAUCUUCUUGGCAAAGAUCAAAGUGUUCGUUUGGAGGUGAAAGAGCGACCAGACAUUGGAGUCUAUGUUAAAAAUCUUACUGGUGUUGUUGUGAAAAAUGCUGAUGAUCUUGAUCGCAUAAUGACACUAGGGAGUAAAAACCGUGUUGUUGGUGCAACUAAUAUGAAUUUGCACAGUUCUCGAUCACAUGCCAUAUUUAGUAUUACUGUUGAGAGUUGUGAAGAAGGAUUCGAUAGAAAGGAACACAUUCGAGCAGGAAAACUUCAUUUAGUUGAUUUGGCUGGUUCAGAACGUCAGAGUAAAACUGGAUCAAGUGGUCAACGGCUUAUUGAGGCAACAAAGAUUAACUUGUCUUUGUCUACAUUAGGAAAUGUAAUUUCAGCCCUGGUAGAUGGGAAAAGUACUCACAUUCCAUACAGAAAUUCUAAACUUACAAGACUAUUGCAAGAUUCUCUUGGUGGAAAUGCAAAAACUUUAAUGUGUGCAAAUAUUGGUCCAGCAGAGUAUAAUUAUGAUGAAAGUCUGAGUACUUUGAGGUAUGCAAACAGAGCUAAAAAUAUAAAGAAUAAAGCAAAAAUUAAUGAAGAUCCUAAAGAUACAAUGCUGAAGAAAUUUAAAGAUGAAAUUGAAGAGUUAAAGAAACAAUUGGAAGAGUGUAGUGAAGGAGGUACAGAAUCUGGGGAAGAUAUAUCUGAAAAAGGAGAAGAAGAAACUAAACCCCCCAAAGCCCACAGAAAAAAAGCCUUUUCUGAAGAAGAAAUUAAGAAAAUGCAAGAACAAAUUGAAGAAGACAGGAAAAAACUUGCAGAACGUAAAGAUAUUCUGGAAGAAGAAAGAACCAAGAUAGGUAGUGAACUUGAAAAGAGGCAAAGGGACUUAGCUGGUAUAAGAACUGAUCAUGAUGUGCUUCUUCAAAAACUUCAAGGAUUAGAAAAGCAAAUUAUUAUUGGUGGUGAAAAUCUUCUAGAGAAAGCACAAGAGCAGGAAAGGCUAUUGGAAGAAAGUUCCAAAGAACUUGAAGAAAGAAAGAAAAAAGAAAUGGAACUGAAAAAAGCUUUAGAAGAAAAAGAAACUGAAAGACUAGACAUUGAAGAGAAAUACUCCAGCCUUCAAGAAGAGGCUGCUAGUAAAACCAAGAAAUUAAAGAAAGUAUGGCAGAUGCUGCUGAGUGCCAAGAAUGAAUUAAAUGAUCUUCGUCAGGAACAUCAGCGAGAGAUGGAAGGUCUUCUAGAGAAUAUUCGACAAUUGGACCGGGAACUCAGCUUGAAUAAACUUAUUAUCGAUAUGUUCAUUCCACCAGAGUAUCAGGAUGUUAUAGAGCAAGCUGUCCAGUGGAAUGAAGAUAUUGGAGAAUUCCAACUCAAAUGUGUUGCUUAUACUGGCAAUAAUAUGAGAAAACAACUCCCGGCAGCUGACAAAGAAAAGAAAAAAGAGAUUGAUAACUUAGAUCUUUCCCACCUUUAUUUAUCUUACAACACUGAAAGCGUCACAAGGAUCCCUCGUAUGAAAUCCUCAAGAGGAAAAUCUAGUCGAACUCAUUCAUCUAGACCUAAAUCUUCCAGGAAAUGAAAGUGUGCAAUUUCUAUAAGUAUUAUUAUUUAAAGAAAAAAAAUUAUUUAUUAAGUUUAUAGUUUUAUUGUAGUCAUUUAUAUAUUGCUAUUGCUAUCAGUCAAUAAAAUAAAAAGGCAAAAGGGA